CCCAUGUAAUUCCCACGUUCCUCCCUUCAAUUAUCGUCUCCAUUGCCACCCAGUGACUGCGAAAGCCCCUCGAAAUCUCAAAAAUGUCAGCAAAACCCAGUAAAAAGCUCUAAACACUCGCCAAAUAUCUACAUCAAACUCGUCUCUCUCGUUAAAAUGUCUCGUCAAAUCGUAACCUAGACCCAGUGAACGUAGUUACGCCCUUCUAAAUCUUGUAAAAUCCUUCUGUUCUCCUACCCAGACACGACUAAUUGCUCCAGGAGUCAAGGAAUUCGUGGAUUAGAAAAAAAAGUGAUUAAAAAAGAAUAAAUAUCGCAACGUCGUGGACGUUGCUGAUUUUAUUCAUUAAAUGUUGAUCAUUUCGCCCGAUAAAAUCGAGGAACCACCGUCACCGUCGGGUACGUCGUCGCCCACAUCGACGUCGUCACCAGGAUUAUUAGUCAGCACACCAGGAAUGUCUGGAGAUCACAGACCUGUCAUUCGUUAUCCAUCUGAAUACGUUAAAUUAAAUAUUGGUGGAUCCUUGCAUUACACUACUAUCAGCACACUCAGGAAACAUGAUACCAUGCUUCGUGCUAUGUUCAGUGGACGAAUGGAUGUUCAUACAGAUUCUGAAGGAUGGAUUCUCAUUGACAGAUGUGGCAAACACUUUGGAACGAUUCUCAACUUCCUGAGAGAUGGCUCGGUGGGCCUGCCCGAGAGCACUAAAGAAAUCACAGAAUUACUAGCGGAGGCUAAAUAUUACUGCAUAACAGAACUAGCCGAAUCAUGUGAACAGGCUCUACUUCGCAAAGAGCGAGAGGCCGAGCCAAUUUGCAGGGUUGCAUUGAUAACAUCACAAAGAGAGGAGCAAUUGUUGAUUAGCAGCACAACCAAACCGGUUGUUAAACUUCUUAUCAAUAGGCACAACAAUAAAUAUUCAUAUACCAGUAUGUCUGACGACAAUUUAUUGAAAAAUAUUGAAUUAUUCGACAAAAUGUCGUUGAGAUUCAAUGGCAGAGUUCUAUUCAUCAAGGACGUGAUAGGCUCAAUUGAAAUAUGUUGCUGGACAUUCUAUGGUCAUGGGAGGAAAGUUGGUGAGGUCUGUUGUCAUUCAAUUGUCUACACGACUGAUAAGAAGCACACGAAGGUGGAGUUCCCCGAGGCUCGCAUCUACGAGGAGACCCUCAAUAUUUUACUCUAUGAGCACAGAAACGGUCCAGAUCAAGAACUGAUGCAGGCAACAUCAUCACGAGGUGCAGUGGGUGGUGGUCCUCCCUGCACCUCAGACGAGGAAGAGGGUGAGCGUUCUGGACUAGCUCGACUACGCACCAACAAGCAAAAUACCAACUGACCCCCCCCAGCUGCCCUAACACCCCCGCAUCCUGCAUUACUAAGUUUAGUGAGAUCAUUGAAAACAUGUGCCCACAUUAAAUAGAUAAGAAAAUCAUGGGGAAGCCAACGAAUUUCCCCAGAGUAUUAAAAAAAAAUCACCAAUUAAACAAUUAAACGAUUGAUUAUCCAUCGGACACAUUGAUUAACUCACGCUGAUAUCUAUUAAGUAAUUAAUCAAUCAAUCAUUUCGGUUUUCUGCUAAAAAUAGAAUCUGAGAGAGACUGAGGUAAAAGAGAUGUUCUUAAAUCAUGAAUAUCUCUCGAACAGACGAUGCGAUUUCGAUAAAUCAAAUGUCAUUUUAAAGAUCCGAAAAAACUCUCGUAUCUGAAGAAAAAUCGAGGAUUUUCACUCAGUCGAUCUCGAGUUAUCGAAUAUUAAAAAGUAAUGGUUCAUCCUCUUCCUCCCUUCUUCAUUGUUUCCUCUAAUUAAUUGAAUAUUUAAUUAAUUUAAUUGGGUAAUUUCCUUGCUCCCACUGUAGAUUACUCUGAAUUGAUCAACUAUCGAGUCAUUAUUUAUUCAUGCGUAAUUUAUGAUAAAGAUAAUUAAUAUCAAUACCAAUAAAAUCGUCAGGAUUGAACUAUCAUUCAAUUUUUGUUAAUCAUUAGUGAAAAAUUGAAUUAAUUACAACUGCAUUACGACGACGUAUGGAUAUUACCACUGCCAAUAAAUCACGAACAAUUUAUCAUUGAAAACGAGAUAAUUGUUUUAAGUAUUAAAAGAAAAAAAAUCAUAAACUAAUUAUUCGCAUUUUUUCUCUCUCUCGUUAACGAUUUUUUAUUUCUCGAAAUUGAAAUGAAAAAUAAAAUAAUGCGAUUAUUUUUUACAACUGCAUGAGAAACCUCCCCCUCAUCAUUGUUCCACAAAUUGUUAAUUAAAUAACGAACAAUACAGGGUUGUCAAUAUCCCCCCCCCCCCAUGGACAGGUAUUAAUUAAAUAUUUCAUUCUAUAAAAUAUCGAGAAAAAAAAAUGAAGUUUAAGUGUGUAAAUUAGUCCAUAAAAUGUUGAAUAAUAAUUGUUGAAGAACUAUAAUGUUUCGAGGGUGACCCAGUGAUAAAACUGCACUGAUAAACAAUAAUCAUAAUUUUUUUUUUAAUCAGUUAUGCGAGUUAAUUAUUGUUUUCAUUAUUCUGAAUUAGAUAACGAAUUUUAACGCGAAAUUUGCGCACAAAUUAAAUAAGAUGACCCGUUCUGUCGCCAUAAUUUCCAAGAUCCGUUUUUUGUUUUUUUUACUCACAGGAAUAAAUUAUUUAUUGAAACAAGCUGUGGAUUGUAAUAUAAAUAACUAAGAGUUUGCACAGUGGGGCCUAAAACUCCCCUGGCUUAUAAAUAAUCUAUUAAAAACCAAUUAAUGAUUGAAAAUGGAAAUUUUAAGUUGAGAAACGAAACAAAAUCUAUAAAACGGAUUUCUAUCUGCAAAUGAGCACCUAUGGGGCAAGACGGGUCGUAUUUUUUAAAUGUAUUUAUGGGUAACUGUGUCCGGCUGUUUGAUGGGGUCACUUUCGACCCCACAAUCCCACAAGAACAAUCGAACAAUGAUUGAUGUAUAUCAAUUUGUGCCAAAAUGAAUUUUUCAAUUGUUGAAUUUAAAAGAAAUGCAUUAAUUGAUAAAUCAAUGACUGUGGAUGAUGUAUGUUAUUCAAUAAUAUAAAAAGUUUCCAGAAUUGGUCUGGCCCAUGUAAUCCGCGUGAAAUGGAUAAGUUAUUGUGAUAAAUGAUUGAAAUAAAGUUGAAAACAAUAUA